AUGAUUCCAGUCACUGAGCUGCGCUACUUUGCUGACACCCAGCCCGCGUACCGCAUCCUGAAGCCAUGGUGGGAUGUCUUCACCGACUACAUCUCCAUAGUGAUGCUGAUGAUUGCAGUGUUUGGAGGGACACUUCAGGUCACCCAGGACAAAAUGAUUUGCCUGCCCUGUAAAUGGAUUACCAAAGACUCUUGCAAUGACUCAGUCAGAGGUUGGACAGCUGCCACCCCGGAGCGUACCUACUAUAACUCUAAUCUUGUUCCCUCUACUGAUAUAGGGCCUACGGGGAUACGAUACGAUUUGGACCGGCACCAGUAUAACUAUGUGGAUGCGGUGUGUUAUGAGAACCGUCUUCACUGGUUUGCCAAGUAUUUUCCUUAUCUGGUGCUGCUACAUACUCUCAUCUUCCUGGCAUGUAGCAACUUCUGGUUCAAAUUCCCAAGGACCAGCUCCAAGCUGGAGCAUUUCGUGUCUAUUUUGCUUAAGUGUUUUGACUCUCCAUGGACAACAAGGGCGUUAUCUGAGACAGUGGUGGAAGAGAGUGAUACCAAGCCAGCAUUUGGGAAAAUGAAUGGCUCAAUGGACAAGAAAUCCUCCACAGUCAGUGAGGAUGUGGAAGCCACUGUCCCCAUGCUGCAGAGAACAAAGUCUCGAAUUGAGCAAGGGAUUGUGGACCGGUCUGAAACUGGUGUCUUGGACAAGAAGGAGGGUGAACAGGCCAAAGCACUCUUUGAGAAAGUGAAGAAGUUCCGCACGCACGUUGAAGAGGGAGAUAUAGUUUAUCGCCUGUACAUGAGACAGACCAUCAUCAAAGUGAUCAAGUUCAUUCUGAUCAUCUGCUAUACUGUUUACUAUGUCAACAACAUAACCUUUGAUGUUGACUGUAAAGUGGACAUUGAGAGCUUGACUGGCUACAGGAUGUACCGCUGUGCUCAUCCUUUAGCCACUCUUUUCAAGAUUUUGGCCUCUUUCUACAUCAGUCUGGUGAUAUUCUAUGGCUUGAUCUGCAUGUACACACUGUGGUGGAUGUUGAGGCGAUCACUCAAGAAAUACUCCUUUGAGUCCAUCCGGGAGGAGAGCAGUUACAGUGACAUCCCUGAUGUGAAAAAUGACUUUGCUUUUAUGCUCCAUCUGAUCGAUCAGUAUGACCCCCUCUACUCCAAGCGCUUCGCUGUCUUUCUGUCGGAGGUGAGUGAGAACAAGCUGCGGCAGCUGAACCUCAACAAUGAGUGGACUUUGGAGAAGCUGCGCCAGAGGAUCACCAAGAACUCCCAGGAUAAGCUGGAACUGCAUCUUUUCAUGUUGAGUGGCAUCCCUGACACGGUUUUUGACCUCAUUGAGUUAGAGGUCUUGAAGCUGGAGCUUAUCCCCGAUGUCACUAUUCCCCCAAGCAUUGCUCAGCUCACCAGCCUUAAGGAACUGUGGCUCUACCACACAGCUGCCAAAAUUGAGGCUCCAGCUCUUGCCUUCUUAAGGGAGAAUUUGAAGUCUCUCCACAUCAAGUUCACAGACAUUAAGGAGAUUCCUCUUUGGAUUUAUAGCCUGAAGACACUAGAGGAGCUUCACUUGACAGGGAAUUUGAGUGCUGAAAACAACCGGUACAUUGUGAUAGAUGGCUUGAGGGAACUGAAGAGGCUGAAGGUGUUGAGGUUGAAGAGUAACCUCACCAAGCUGCCACAGGUGGUGACAGAUGUUGGUGUGCAUCUUCAGAAGCUUUCCAUCAACAAUGAGGGCACCAAGCUUAUUGUUCUCAACAGCCUUAAGAAAAUGGUCAAUUUGACAGAGCUUGAGCUAAUCCGUUGUGACUUGGAACGCAUUCCUCACUCUAUCUUUAGCCUCCACAAUCUGCAGGAGAUAGACCUGAAGGACAAUAACCUAAAGACCAUUGAGGAGAUCAUCAGCUUCCAGCACUUACAUCGUCUCACUUGCCUUAAGUUGUGGUACAACCACAUUGCCUACAUCCCCAUGCAGAUAGGCAACCUCACCAACUUAGAACGCCUCUACCUGAACCGUAACAAGAUAGAGAAGAUCCCCACCCAGCUCUUCUAUUGCCGGAAACUUCGCUAUUUGGAUCUCAGCCACAACAACUUGACUUUUAUACCACCAGAUGUUGGACUUCUUCAAAACCUGCAGAAUCUGGCUGUGACAGCCAACAGGAUUGAGAGUCUCCCACCGGAGCUGUUCCAGUGCAGGAAGCUGAGAACAUUGAACCUGGGAAACAAUGUGUUGCAGUCACUUCCAUCCCGGGUUGGAGAGCUCACAAACCUCUCACAGAUAGAACUACGAGGGAACCGCUUGGAGUGCCUGCCUGUGGAGCUGGGGGAAUGUCCUCUGCUGAAACGCAGUGGGCUUGUGGUAGAGGAGGACUUGUUCAACACACUGCCCUUGGAAGUCAAAGAGCGGCUGUGGAGGGCAGACAAAGAGCAAGCUUGAAGCCCUGAAAAAAGGGAAAAGCCUCUGACCAGCUAGAAGGAAACAAAAGGCCAUUCCAGUCCCCUUUUCCCCAGAUCCUUCCCUUUCUCCCCUCUGAUCACUACCAGACUAGCCAAGGAGUCCCUGAAUAAACAUGACUCUGAGGCUGCUUCUUGCCUCAGAUGCGGGAUGGGGGAAGCUUGGGAUCAGGAUGAGGAUCAAAACAGAUUAGUUGGCCUCUGA